CGCGAUACCUACUGGACGCACGUUAUCAGUUCAGGCCAAUUUUAACCGUUUUUUUGGCCAAUUUAAAAAUUUUAUUUUGUUGUUAGUUUUGUAUCUUAUUGCGUUCUAAAAGUGCCUUUGAUUUUUAACACGUAAAGAUGCCGAACCAUACAUUAGAACACUCACCGAAUGCGGCUUUAAACAAAACCUUACUUGAUAAGUAUAUGGACCUGCCUAUACCCGAAAACAAAGUCCAAGCAACUUACAUAUGGAUUGAUGGUACUGGAGAAAAUGUUCGAGCUAAGGAUCGAACGUUGGACUUUAUUCCAACUUGUCCUAAAGAUCUUCCAAUUUGGAACUACGACGGGAGUUCUACGUACCAAGCCUUAGGUAGCAACUCGGACACUUACCUGCACCCAGUCGCGAUUUACAAGGACCCCUUCCGUAGAGGAAACAAUAUCUUAGUUUUAUGCGAUACGUAUAAAUAUAAUCAUAAACCCACCGAUUCAAACAAAAGGCACUCAUGUCUGGAAGCAGUCAACCGUUGUCCUGACGAAGAACCUUGGUUCGGUAUAGAACAAGAAUACACUUUAUUAGAUGUAGACUUACGCCCCCUUGGGUGGCCUAAAAACGGUUAUCCAGGACCCCAAGGACCUUAUUAUUGCGGCGUCGGCGCUGACAAAGUUUACGCUAGAGAUAUCGUUGAAGCUCACUAUAGAGCUUGCCUGUAUGCUGGAAUUCGCAUUUCUGGUACCAAUGCUGAAGUAAUGCCAGCUCAAUGGGAAUUCCAAGUAGGUCCUUGUGAAGGUGUUAGCAUCGGGGAUGAACUGUGGGUGGCCCGAUAUCUGCUUCAUAGAAUAGCUGAAGAGUUUGGUGUGGUAGCAACCCUGGAUCCAAAACCAAUGCCGGGAGAUUGGAAUGGAGCAGGAGCUCAUACAAAUGUUAGCACCAAAAAGAUGAGAGAAGAAAAUGGAAUAAUUGAAAUCGAAAAAGCCAUUGACAAGCUUUCAAAAUGCCACUUGAGACACAUCCAAGCCUAUGAUCCUAAAGGAGGACGUGACAAUGAACGUAGACUGACAGGUCGCCAUGAAACCAGUUCCAUCCAUGAUUUCAGUGCUGGUGUUGCAAAUCGGGGUGCCAGCAUUCGCAUACCACGUGGAGUUGCAGAGGAUAAGAAAGGCUAUUUUGAAGAUCGCAGACCAAGCUCCAAUUGCGAUCCCUAUUCUGUUGUUGAGGCAAUUGUUAGAACUUGUCUUCUUAAUGAAUAAAAUAAGUUCUUAAUAAGAAGUUGCACAUCGCACACUAACCAAAAAUUGUUAUUAAAUCUAACAAAUACGUACUCAUGUUAUCAUAACAUGUUAUUAUAUAUUUAAAUACAUUUAUAUUGUACAUACAUAAAACAAUGAGA